ACUGAAUCACUGAAAACUACGAGUAAUCCACCAGAGGUAACUGUUACUCUUCUACGGAAUGAGGAUCUUCCGGGAAAAUCAGUACUUCUGGAUAAGCGACAAUUGCCAAUCGACAUUUUGCUUUUGACGGUGAAGGAUUGGGAAUUUCUAGCUUGUAUUUCGUGUUUCAAUCGCGACUUCAGUAGAAGUUACUGCAAAGAGCUUGGUCAAGACGUGUACCUAGGCAAAAUUGGGAACGAUGACAUGAUGCUAAAGAUCGCUUUGGUGAAUUGUUACCCAGGAUCCACCGUUCCACAAGGAUCUUGUUUUGCCGUAAUGAAAGCAGUCGAAGUCUUGAAGCCCAAAGCGGUAUUCAUUGUGGGUUGCUGUGGUGGCGUAGACCCCGCAAAAGUCAAACUUGGGGACGUGGUAGUGUCAGUGAAACUGACAUCAUAUUCCUACUCCAAAGUCAAGGACAAAGGCAUUACAGAACGUGGUGUGAGAGUUCCAUUGCAAAACACUUUUUCAAAACUGAUGCGAAAAGCUGGUCAUGGCUGGCAAGCCCCACUGAAGAGUCCAAAAGAAUUUGAGGUCAAGGUGCGCCAAGGAGUGCCUCUGAUUGGCCCAGAAAGUGUUGAUAGCAGUGCGCGGCGCGAGGCACUCAACCAACGCUUCCCAGAAGCCGAUGCUAUUCUAAUGGACGGCGAAGGUAAGAUAAAAAAAAUUGCAGCUACCUCAGUGAUAUGUUAUCAUCUAAAAGUAAUAAUGCUUGAAGUCUCAAUUGGCAGGGUGUGAAAAUGGUUGUCUUACCCAAAUUCAUUGGACUGAGGUUUUAAGUUGGCAUGUAUAUCAGGGGGUGUAUCUGUAUUAGUGCAUGAAAUAGUUGAAAUCAAAUUAGAAUGACAGUGACUGUAAAUCUCGGUAGUCUGCUUCUGACUGCCUGUCACACGCCUUAAUAGUUUCUCCUUCGUGUUGUUCGGAUUUGAGCACCAUCUAUUCGCAGAAUUAAAUGUAUUUAACAGAUGUAUUUCUGGGCAGAGGGAGUUGGGCAAGCAACCUUAAUCAAUCGAGGUUUUAAUCUUGUUUGGCCUUUCAAAAGGGAUGUACUAUAAGGGAAGCUAAGGGAUCUCCGUUUACGGACAUUGCCGUUGUUGGAUCUGUUUGUCGGUUUUACGUCUAAUACGACUUGUCGUUUUCCUGUUUUAAGCGUUCAGUUUUCAGCCAACUUCAAAGCGAUUAUUCGGAUUUGUGUUCAGAGCAGGAAAUUUCGAAAAAUGUUUUAUUCGGUUUGCACUUUCAACCGAUUUUUUUUCUUGGAGGUGCUGGGGGACGUCUUUCAUCGACGAACGUAUGAUAUGGGUUUACCUCGGCGUAAGAACCUGUGAACUUUUUCUUUCUUUUCGCGUCUUUUGUUUUUCUAAGUUCUUUUGUGUUGACUUCUUUGUUUUCUUUGGUUCACGUCACCCGUGAGGUUAACAGGUUCUUACACCGAGGAUGAACCGAUAAUAUAACCCUGCCAUGGAAACAAAGGUCCCUCAAGGAUUGAUGCUGAGAUCAUAAGAGAGGGAAGAUCAUAAGAGAGGGAAUAGCAUUGCUUAUGACCAGAAAUCUGUUAAAGUCAUGUAACCGGCCAUCCCUACGUGAAACUGUACCUCUUGUUUCUAUGUUCUUUGGACAGGAACCUUAAACCAGUAGGGGUUGAAGGUGGUUUGAGGGCAAGUAAUAAGCAAAAUCAUAACUGCCUUGGUGCCCUACAAGUUUAUGCACGCCACAGUGUAGGGUUUGAGGUCGCUCUAGUAUGUACCGUCCCAAAGGGUAUGGUUUUUGUGCCGUUUUGGUCUGAAAACGGGUAUAGAUUUUGCCCAUUUUGGUCUGGAAUCGGGUAGGGUUAACGAGGGAUUUACGGUAGUCUAUGAAUGUGUUCGUCGUUUCGAUUCCAGAUGAAUAAGAAAUAUAAUGUAAUAUGCGAAUUCGAAUUACUGUAAUUACAUCCUGCUCUCAGCAAACUUGUAAAUUCGUAGUUCUUGGGGGCUAAAAUCUGAAUUUAAGUCCAAAUUUAAGUCAAGUCACCCUGAUUCUCCUUGAGCUUUAACCAGGACUUGUCCGAGAUCUACCAACCGAUGCUAGUAGCGAUUUAACUACACAUAUGCGUUUUUCCUGCACUUAUCGUGAGUCUUUGCUAGAAAACCCCUGUCUUUAUAAUUAUUUUUAUAUAGGUGUUUAUGCAGCGGCUCAAGAGCUGGGUAUUCCAUGGACUAUCAUUAAAGGCGUCUCGAGCUACGCAGAUGCAGGAUUGUUUGAGCCAAAUCCUUGGAAAACGUUCGCGAGUUUAAUGGCAGCUUCCUUAACUGCUCAUAUUCUCAGUGAUCCUUUUAUUUUCAGAGACUGGCCUCACUAUCUAAGUACA